AUGCCCAUGUUGCAAAUGUGCUCGAGCAAAGAAACAAAUCGAUCCAUGGGGAAUACCAGGAGGAUGACAAAACCUCCUCAGAAUAAGUCCACAAUUACAAAUGGCUUUGAAGGCCCCAGGCAGACGGUCGCUCCACAGGAACGAAGUGCUUCACGCGGGUCAACAUCUUCAUCUAUUGGACUUCUUUCCCAUGUUCCCUACUCGCACCCUACAGCUUCAAAUGUAUUUGGUAUUGGAUCCGAGCAUCCUUUUGCCAAUUACUGGACCUGCAAAGGUGGUCUUCCAGAAGUAAUAAGCGUUCUUCCACCCAAAGAUCAAGCAGAUGCCCUCUUAGAACGAUAUUUCGAAUGCGUCGACCCCGUCUAUCCUAUGAUCCACCGCCAAACCUUCUACGCAGACUAUGAGCAAUUCUGGGGCCUCUCCCCACCAGAAAGCAGCCGUACGGAUGCCGCACUAAUUGGAUUAAUAUUCUCCAUGCUAGCCCUCGGAACACAAUUCGUAACCACCAGUCCCCCUGAAGAUCGCCAAUCAACAGCCGAAUUCUACGUCUCCGCCGCCCACCAAUCCCUCCGCAUGUCCUCCUAUCUCAGUAAAGCCUCAAUCCGCUCAAUCCAGGCCAUGGUUCUAAUAACCUACUUCCUCAUAAACGACAACCACGCCUCCGACGGCUGGGCCUUUGCCGGAAUCCUCAUCCGACAAGCCUACGCCAUGGGUCUCCAUCGAGACCCUAACAUCGUCUGUCCCAGCGCAUCCCCCUUUGACAAGCAACUCCGGCGUAAACUCUGGCAAGCCGUGCUAUUACAAGACACCUUCCUGACCGUUCUCCUCUCCCUGCCCCCUUCCGCAACCCACACCGACGUCUCCGUCGCCGACCUAAUCGACGACCACAGCAGCAUCGCCCACAGCAACCCCACCGACACAGCCUACAUCCGUGGGUGCUGGACGCUCGCGAACCUCGUGCAAGAAACGAUCUGCUCCCCGCGCAGUCUCGAUCUACCCAUCUGCAGCACCGCGCGUCAGAAAACUAAACUGCUCGCGGAUUUCAAAUCCGUAUAUCGCUCUUUCCCAGAUAUAUUCCGUUCCUGGACAGCCUCCUCCCUAACCGCGCUGUCAAUAUCCAAACCUAGGAUUGUCCGGCAAACACUUUUUCUCACGUCGAACUACUUCCAUAAUGUAAUGCUAGUCCACUCCUCCGCCUCUCUUGAAGUCCCCGUAAACAUUCGCGGCGCGUUAGACGCUGCGCACGACGCUAUAAGCGCAUUCUUCUUGCUCUACAAAUUAUUCGAGUCUGAAGCAAAGGUAUGGUGGGUAUUCAACCAUCGCGCGUUUCUGGAGGCGUUGUGUAUUGGGGGCAUAUUGAAGGAUGAGGCGAGGGUUGAUGGGGGGUUUGAGGUUGUGAACCGCGAUCCGGCUUUUGCUAGGGGGAAGGAGGAUAUUUCGAGGAUGAUUGAGAUUAUGGAGGCGAUGUCGAGGGGAGAGAAUGGAUCUGCUGUAGCUUUGACGAGGGUGGCUGUUCUUAAGGCGUAUUUAUGA